UUUUCUUUCUUUUAUUUCCCCAAUUCUCUUUUUCCUUUUCUUUAUUUUAUUUUAUUUUAUUUUACUCGUCAUGUUCCGUACAGCAUUCCAAACUAUUGGUAGACGACACUUACAUGCGUCUGCUCGUCAAAACAUUCAAGUAGGUGAUACUCUGCCCAAUAUCAAGGUUCAACUCUCAUCUCCUGCUGAAACCAUCAAUGUACGUGAUCUUUUUUCAACAAGCAAGAAAGCCAUCUUGUUUGGUGUUCCUGGUGCAUUCACUCCUGGAUGUUCCAAAACUCAUUUACCAGGUUAUAUCAAGGCAGCUGAACGACUCAAAACAAAGCAAGGUGUAGAUCUUAUUGCAUGUGUUUCUGUUAACGACGCGUUUGUCAUGACUGCUUGGGGAAAGGACGUCAACUUGGAUACAAACAAUAUUACUCUUUUAGCUGACUCUAAAGGUGAACUUGCUCAAUCCAUGAACUUGGCUUUUGAUGCUUCUGGUGCCUUGGGAAACCAUCGAUUCCAACGAUUUGCCGCUAUUAUAGAAAAUGGAGUAGUCAAGAAACUCUUUGUUGAACCUGAUAGAACUGGUUUGGAAGUUAGCUUGGUGGAAAACGUAGAAAAGCAUUUAUAGUAUAGUCAAUUUGAAACAUGAUUAUGAAUAAAAUAUUAUUGUUUUUUUUCUCUA